CCAACCUCACACCUACGCGCCUCGCACAGCGAAAUAUUAGUUGAUAAGCAUUGUACAUAUUAGAUAGGGACGAUUGUAUAUAUUAGUUAGGACAGUUACAAAUAAACCGUAGUAUUAAGCAUAUAUAUCACUUGCUUCUGUUCAUUCACUUAACCAGCCCGCCGCCAGAACCCUGAAUUCCCGCGACUAUCCGUAGCCAAUAGAAUUCAUAAUUCACGGUUACAAAAUAGCGCUCGAACAUGGACUGAUUAAGUGAAUAGGCAAGAUACCGCGAUGAAACCGACCGCGAGCAACAAAUUCGCCUCCGACGCACAGUGGGCCAUAAUUGACUUUUUUCGUUCAAAAUGGUCUAGAGACCUCAAUAUUUAACCAAAUAGAACAAAUUUUUUUUUAAAUUACUCGUGGAAAGAUGCCAAAGAAGACUGUCUGAGCCGAUUUUCAAUAAAUUUUAUCCCUCGAGGCAUACAACCCCAUAUUCUCAUUGAAAAAUACAAAAUACCAUGACGCAAUAAUGACAAUACAUAAAACAGUAACUUUUACCUGCAAAACCUCACUUAUGAGCUCAGUGACAUCGAAACAAUACAAACUCACAUUACAGCAAUGACUGCAUGACUUGAUAAUUUUAUGUAAUUAAAAUAAAAAGUAUAAUAAAUUAUACUUGUAGCUUAGUAUGACUCGAAUUAGCUACACUUGAUGAAAAGUAUAUCCAGAAUGUGUCACGAGGAGGCUUCGAAUUUACAUUCCAUGGGGUUUUUUUGCAAAUUUUUGCAAUAAUUUUUUACAUUUUUAUAAAUUCUUUUGUUUUUGAAUUAAUACUUAUUCAACAAUCUUUAAUCGAUUUUCAUGUUUUUUGUAUUCUAAUUUUCUGUUUUGAUUUGUACAUUAGUUUUCAAGUUAAGUUAACUUGUAUUUUUAACUUGUAAUAGAAUAAUAAAAAUUGCCUAAUGUUUACUUUCCGUAUAUAUCACGGAUUGUUUUGUUAUUUAUCCUCAAUCGAUUCGCAGACUCAUCAUAUGAUGGACGUAUGAUGAUUUUAUACUUUCUUUAACAUUAUUGUUUACCAUCGUUAUUUUUUAAUUUUACUUGAUUUAUAAUUUUAUUCAUUGACUUUGGACAUGUAAGUUUUCAAUAUUUUAUUUUAAUUUAUAUCUUUCUCUUGUUUUUGCUUUUCAUAUCUCUGUAUAGUUAUAUUUUUAUUCUUAAUGCUAUGAUUUAUUUUAUAUCUUACUUGUAUCUCUUGUAGAAUUUGCUUCAUAUUGGUCCGAAUAUAUUAAGUAUAAUAUUUAAUAAGACAGAAAAUGGAGAGUAUAAUAAUUCCGAAUAAAUUACUUUGUGACAUUUUAUUUGAGACAAAUACUAAAGAUGCAACGAUUUUGUUGAAUAAAAUUGACGAAGGAAAUAAUAUUAGUACAAGACUUGAUUCAACGCUAAUAGAAAUAUUCAAAUCAGGACUGUCUUAUUUUAUUGCAAUCUUUUACCAAAAAUUUAAGAAAAGUUUUUACCAAAAAGAUCAAUUCAAGAAAACCAAUCAAACUUGGAUAGAUAGUAAAUUUACUUUUGAUUUUCUGCAAAGAAAGUAUGGGAGGCGACCUAUUAGUGAUUUCAAUGAAUGUUCAAUAUCCACUAAAAGACGAAGGAUAAUGCAGCUUAAUGAGAAUUAUUCUGCUAAUGAAAUUCAAGAAGCUUUUAUAUUAAAUUUAAAAUCAUCCGGAAAGAAAGAAGAAGCUAAAAAAAUCUUUGAAAUUUUAAAAUUAGAUAUUGAUAAUGAAACCAUUGACGAUUCUUAUGGAGAAGCAAUUCAACCACUCACUGCUGACGAAGCAAUUGCUGUAAUUGAGGACGUUAAAUUAUCAAAGGAGUAAUAUAGAGACAUUCGUAGACAUAGAGACAUACGACGUAUUGUAAAAAAAAAACAGGUGCAAAUAUCUUUCCUUCGUAUGACAAUCUUGCUGAAUAUAAGAAAAAAUGUUAUCCAGACGAUUCUGAAAUUGAAAUCACUGAUACAUAUGCUAAAGUUAACUUACAAAAAUUACUGGAUAACACUGUUGAACGCAUACUUGCUAUAUCUGAAAGCACGAACGUUAUAAAAGGUAUUGCAAACUAUACGUCUUUUAUAUUAAUUACGAAAUAGGGUUGUGACGGAUCUUCGGGUCAUGUAUAAGCAAGUUUUUUCCGACUUUCAAUUAUUAGACAGUAGUGUUUUCAUGGCAUCUAUGGUACCAUUAGUAUUAAAAAUAAAAAAUACAGAAACAAUUAUCUGGAAAAACCCUCACCCAGCUUCUGCAAGAUAUUGUAGGCCAAUUAAAUUUGAAUUUAUAAAAGAAACAAAAGAAAAAGUUUUGACUGACGUGCAGUUAAUACAAGACGAGAUUAAUAAUCUUCUUCCUACAAAAAUUUGUGUUGAUGGACUAGAAUAUACGAUUGAUCACCAAAUGCAUUUCACGAUGGCAGAUGGAAAAAUAUGUCAGUAUGUUACGGAAACAAAGUCGGCAGCAGUGUGUUACAUAUGUGGUGCAUCACCAAAGGAAAUGAACGAUCUAGAAGAAGUAAAAAAAAAAAAGAUGAGAAUGUUGAAAAUUUAAAAUACGGUUAAGCUACAUUGCAUGCCUGAAUUCGCUUAAUGGAAUGUCUGAUACAUAUUUCUUAUUGUUUACCAUUUGCUCACUUUAUAGCAAGAACAGAUGAAGAAAAAAGACUAAAAGAAAACAAGAAAGCUGAAAUUCAAAAACUCUUCCGUGAAAAGAUGGGAUUGAUCGUUGAUGUUGUGAAACAAGGUUGUGGAACGUCAAACGAUGGCAAUACUGCUCGCAGAUUUUUUGCAGAUCCUAAGUUAACCCACGAAAUAACAGGAAUAAGCGAAGUGUUAAUAAAAAAAUUUAGUAUUAUACUACAAGUUAUAACGUGUGGCUACAAAAUAAAUAUUGAAAAAUUUAAAAGUUUUUGUCUGCAAACAGCUGAAUUAUAUGUACAAUUAUAUCCUUGGUACAAGAUGCCUUCCUCUGUCCACAAAAUUUUAAUUCAUGGAUGGAGAAUUGUUGAAUGUGCUGUUCUUCCUAUUGGAUUGUUGACAGAAGAAGCACAGGAAGCUUUAAAUAAAGUUUUUAAAAGGACACGAGAGUACAACACGCGCAAGUGCAGCAGAUUAGCUACAAACGAAGACCUCAUAAAAAAAUUAUUUGUUUCUUCAGAUCCUUAUAUAGCGAGUUUAAGAAUCCAAUGGCACAAAAAGCCUAAAAAUGUUGAUCCAGAAGCACAGGAUUUAUUGGACUUGUAUUGAUCAAUAUUAAUUCAAAAA